UGGUGUUUGUGACUUUGAAGUGCAUCGUUGAAGAUCAUCGUCGGUUGAAGAUCAGCGCAGAUUGAGAUCGAAGUUCGACUUGCCGGACAAGAAGGAAAGGGCAGUGAACCUCCCUCGGCCGCCCAUGGGCUCACACACUGGACACUAAGAUCGACAUCAUCAACAAACGCGACUCGACAUGGACCACCUUCUUCCGAUGCCGAUGGUCGAAGCGGAAAUCGUUUAAGUUUUCAGUUUCGAAUUACGCGGGAGCAAAUGACUCAAUUAGUCCCAACUCGAUUUGUUUUCCAAAGGGCUUUCGAAAGUGACACACGUUCCGUGACAAGUGAGAGUGGAAAUUAAUCGAAGAAAGUGAGUGUGUAUGUGUAUGUGCUCAGUGAACGCAGUUCUAAUAAUCGAAAGGAAAAGCGAGUAAAACCAGGCCGUCGGUGCGUGCAACAACAGUACACUUAGGAAGAAAUAUGCAAUCAAGUUCAGCGGACAUGGAGGCGAGACUGGUCGGGGAUCAUCACUGCCAUCAAAGCGACAAAAACGGACCUCGGAGAAAGAUGGUCAGUGGGGCAAAUGGAUCUUCAUCGCGACAACGACGGUGGUUGGCGGUGAUUAUAUGUUUAAGUGCGUUCACAAGUUUCGUGGUUGCCACCGAAGAGAGCACGACAACGGCCGACAUCGAGUCCACCAACUACCAUAAUCAGACAAUCGAUAGUGAUAGUGAUAGGCUAAGUGUGGAAAUUAGCAACCUGACCAUUUCAACGAGCUCCGAGCAUCCCGUGACGACCACUACCAGUACGGCCCGUAGCAGAAAGCCCAUGUUUUCGACCGGAAAUCGCCUCUGGGAUGCACUGAUUGCCGAGUGCAUCAAGAAGCCGACGUUUGCCUGCAUUCAGAAGAACGUGUACAAUUUCCUCGGUGAAUCGUUGGAGGUGGGAGAUUUCAACGUGAGCAAUCGGGUGAUUUUUACCAAGAAUCGAGUGGAUUUCACCAAAUAUACCCGGGAGGCAAACGAAGCAGAUGAGGAGGAUAACGAGAUUCCGGAUGCCCGGGGAGAUUUCGAACCAACGUCCCCCAUCGAGGAAGUCACCUCUGCGUUGCACGACAAAACGCUCAAGUUUAUGCUGACUCACGAUGUCAACGUUCGCAUGCCGGAGAUCAUGUUCGAUGGAGCCAUUUUCCGCAUCGAACCGCGUGCCAUCGAGGGCAACGGAAUGCUGGCCAAGUUGGAGUUCGUUCCACGGACGACCAUCGAGGCACGUGGUGCUUCGGAGCCGAGGAUCCUGUUCAAGAAGAUUAAAAAAUUCUUCCAAAGCAAACUGCUACUGGCCUUCCUGGGCAUCAUCCUAAUCAUCAAAAUCAUCAAGAUCAAGGUCAUGUGGUUGCUCCCGCUGCUGGUCGGCGUCGGCACGGCCAAGAAGCUGAUCCUCAAGUUCAUGUUGUUCCUCUUCCCGGCGCUGUCACACAUCUUCAAGCUUUGCUCGUACUACCACGCGUCCUACCACAAGCCAAACUUCCACCACCAUCAGCAUCACAUCAGUCAUCUGCACUCGUUCUACCCCCAUGAACACAAGGAGCUUCCGGAGUUGAUCUACACCAAGCCCCCUCGUGGUCACCCAUCGGAGUACCUUCACGGAGCGCCAGUGCCACCGCAUGCCCACUUCCAGCCGGAGCUCCACUACGAAACCUCCGGACCCGGUCUUGGAUCAGAGUUCAUUAGCGAUAGAAACUCUUACGUAGACACCUCGUUCAAGCCACGGUACGAGGACAUGAAUGAUAUCAAUGCAUGGGGUUUGGGCACUGGUUCAACAACAGCACUGCCAAAGCAACCACAACCAUCAUCAUCAUCAUCUGCAUUCUCUUCACCACCUUCCUCCGGUAGUAGCCACAGCAGCAAUGUAAAUCCGCUCACGCAUCAUCAGAACAGAAUAUUUAACCCGAAACCCGUGUACGGACCACCACCCUCAGCUCACGGACCAUCAGCUCACGGUUUUUCAUCGGGAGGCCUGAAACGGACCCCCACCGGAGCGGCCUCGUCGAUUGCGGCCUCCUACGUUUCAGCCCCAUCCGGUCUAACGAUGGCAGCAGAAGAGCAACUGAUCCGUGAAGCUCAGCGGCAGGAAGCCUACAGGAUAGCUCAAGAGCAGAAGCUAAUCGCCAAACAGCAACAGAUUGUCAAUCACCAGGCGUUCGUGCAGGAGGGCGUCACUCCGCGACCCGUCGAUCAGUUCUACAGUCCCAUACUGCAGCGGCUGGAUAAGGUAUUCAACUCGCUUGGCGUGGCGGAUGAAAAUUGCCGCGAACGGCUCGUAUGCGCCAUGUACAAGGCUCCGAUCAAGUACAGCCCGCACAGUAACUACGUUUCGGCGGAACUGAGCAGGGACGCGACGGAGCUGCAGAAACCCACCUCGACGAACGCAGCCGUGAUUCGAUUCUACCGGUACGUGCAGGCGGCCCGCGAUGGCCAAGACCAGCGGGACUGCCGUCAAACUUACUCGCUCUGUACAAUCAACAUUGACAAGAAGAAGAAGUAAACACAAUAGACACAACAAACAAUACAACAAUAGACCGGAAUCAAAAACAUCAACAAAAUAACAAGUUGCUCAAUA